GCCACCACCUCUUCCUCCAAUGGAAUGGUAGGCUUGAUCUCGCGGUGAGGAUCGGCAGUCGCGCGGGGAGGAAGGUGACGGUUUUUGCCGGAAUUUGGAACCUGCUUUUAAAAAGUGGCCCGAGCUGCAGCCAUGGUGGAGGAGGUGCAGAAACACUCUGUACACACAUUGGUGUUCAGAUCUCUGAAAAGAACCCAUGACAUGUUUGUUAGUGACCAUGCUAAGCCCAUUGCAGUAGAUGAGAAAAGUUACAAGCUCAAGAUGAAUGUGAAGCUUCAAACUGAGUACAGUCCUGUGCUUCAUAUGCCUAUACUUAAAGAAAUCCGAGAAAAAAGUUCCCAAUCUGAUUCCUACAAUCAUGGACAUUAUGAUCUUAAUCAUGGUGAGGAGUCUGAAUACAUUAUAACUGGUACACAUCCAUACCCAUCGGGUCCAGGAGUUGCUCUGACAGCGGAUACACAGGUGCAGAAAAUGCCCAGUGAGGCAAGUGCUCAGGCCUUGGCUAUGGCGCUUCCUCCUUCACAAGCUAGACAAGAUGCUAAUCGUAAUGCAGCCAGUGUUGCUGAUAUUCAUAGACAUGCAGGCAUCGCUGAACGGUCACAGCCUCCAGUAUCUUCCAUGGCUUUAAUGGAAGUUGGAGGCUCAAAGAAUUCCUCACUAAUUUCAAGGAAACUUCCUACAAUGCCGAAACCACAAUGGCACCCACCUUGGAAGCUUUACAGAGUAAUCAGCGGCCAUUUGGGCUGGGUUAGAUGUCUUGCAGUUGAACCUGGAAAUCAGUGGUUUGUCACUGGUUCAGCUGAUAGAACUAUUAAGAUCUGGGAUCUGGCGAGUGGUAAGCUGAAGCUCUCUUUGACUGGGCAUAUCAGCACUGUACGAGGAGUGGCAGUCAGUUCACGCAGCCCGUACCUUUUCUCCUGUGGAGAGGAUAAGCAAGUGAAAUGCUGGGAUCUGGAAUAUAAUAAGGUUAUCCGACAUUACCAUGGCCAUUUAAGUGCAGUGUAUGGGCUUGAUUUGCAUCCAACCAUCGAUGUCUUGAUAACGUGUGGCAGAGAUUCAACUGCAAGGGUUUGGGAUAUUCGAACAAAAGCAAAUGUACACACAUUAAUAGGGCACACGAAUACAGUAGCAACUGUGAAAUGUCAAGCUGGAGAACCACAGAUUAUUACAGGAAGCCAUGACACGACCAUACGACUGUGGGACUUGGUAGCAGGGAAAACUAGAGUCACAUUAACCAAUCACAAGAAGUCUGUUCGUUCUCUCAUUCUACAUCCAAGACAAUACACCUUUGCUUCUGGUUCUCCGGAUAAUAUAAAGCAGUGGAAAUGCCCAGAUGGUAUUUUUAUUCAGAACUUACCUGGUCAUAAUGCUAUUAUCAACACACUUUCUGUCAACUCGGAUGGUGUGCUGGUAUCAGGAGCUGAUAAUGGUACCAUGCACCUGUGGGACUGGAGAACUGGAUACAACUUCCAACGAAUACAUGCUGCUGUGCAGCCAGGCUCCUUAGACAGUGAAUCUGGGAUUUUUGCAUGUACAUUUGACCAGUCGGAAAGCAGAUUACUUACAGCAGAGGCUGAUAAAACGAUCAAAGUCUACAAGGAAGAUGACACUGCUACGGAAGAAACUCAUCCAGUCAACUGGAAACCCGAGAUCAUCAAAAGGAAGAGAUUCUAAGUGACUUUUACUUAAAAAUCAUUAUGGACAUUAUGCUGAAUUUUAAUGAUUUUAAGUAAUCUUCUCCCUCCUUUAAGUUCUUCCCAGUACUCCUGCCCCAAUCCAAAAUCAUUCACUGGCUGAGAAGCAGACUUCUCUUGGACUGUUAACCAGUGUCAUUUUGUAACCUGUUGCCAGGAGCAUGUUGGUAGAUUCUUUACAAAAAUAUAUUGCACAGGCACCUGCCUUGUACAGCAUUUUGCCAACAUGCAACAAAGAUUAUGACUGUCAUGCAGGGGAUCACAGGUGCAAAGUAGUAUCCUAGCAUUCCUGGCACAAUGAGUAUAUUAAUGCAGUACGCCUGAGUUUUAAAAUGUAAUUUCUUGUAAUUUUGCUUACAGCUAAAAGAUGGCUAUGUUUUAAGCUUUUGUAACUCAGUUGUACAUUGUUUUACUACAAUAAAUUGUACAAACCGUUGUCAGUGAAGAAAGGUUAAACGAUCUUGUUGAGGACGGGUUGGUAAUCAGUGCUGCUUGAACCUGAGAAGUGAGUUAGAACUUAAGAGGUAUAGUUUAGACUGGCGCUGUUCCUACAGUGGAAAUAAAUGCCGUAUGGAAGAUAUUUACAAAAUAAUCCUUUUACUUUUCUUUUAAGGAGCUGGAUUGGAUUUCUACUGUAAAAAUGUAUUUUUUCUGCCUCAUUAAAUUUACUUAAUAGUUUAAAGCUUAAAAAAA